CCACCCCCCCCCAGAAUGACCCGGAAACGCUUUUCUUCUGCUUCCGGCCACUCAGUCCGUCAGGCGUCGAAGCGGAAGCGUGGAGACCGUACGUCCGUCGCUAUGUCAGGCGCGGCUUCUGGCUCGUCCGGCGCCGGAGGAGGCGCGAGCUCGGUGGGCUCCGUGGUGCGGCGGUUCCUGGCCGAGUACAGCAGCGGGACGCCGAGCCGCCUGAAGGUGCUGGACGCCUACCUGCUCUACGUCAUGCUGACGGGCGCGCUGCAGUUCGGCUACUGCCUCGGCGUCGGCACGUUCCCCUUCAACUCCUUCCUCUCGGGCUUCAUCUCCGCCGUCGGCAGCUUCAUCCUGGGCGUUUGCUUGAGGAUCCAAAUCAACCCACAGAACAAAGCAGAAUUCCAGGGAAUCUCACCAGAACGAGCCUUCGCAGACUUUUUAUUUGCUAGCACCAUCCUACAUUUGGUUGUUAUCAAUUUUGUGGGCUGAUAAAAGAAGGCUUGAGAUUGUGUGCUUAUCUUGUUCAUUUUAAGACUGUUCAGCUAGUGACUGGGAGCCACAUCAUAUGUCAUGGAUUAACUCUCUGAUGGACAAAGGAAUGAAAUUUAAAAAGGUCCCCAAGAUACAUAGUAAUUGCCAUGAUUCUCAAUAAAGCUGUUUUGUUAUA